UACCUCUCUGUUUCCUUUAUUCAAAUGUUGAAAGCCCUUAUGCCUGUUGCUGUUUAUACUAUCGGGAUCUUGUUUAAAAAGGACACUUUCAAGAAUUCUACUAUGGGCAACAUGAUGGCUAUUUCUGUUGGUGUUGCUAUUGCUGCUUAUGGUGAAGCAAAGUAUGAUUCUUGGGGUGUUUUACUUCAGUUGCUUGCUGUUUUGUUUGAAGCUACUAGGCUUGUUAUGAUCCAGAUCUUGUUGACUUCAAAGGGUAUUAGUUUAAAUCCCAUUACUUCUUUGUACUAUGUUGCUCCUAGCUGUUUGGUUUUCUUGUCAAUUCCUUGGAUCUUUGUGGAGCUUCCUGUUUUGAGAGAGAGCUCGAGUUUUCAGUUUGAUUUUGCUAUUUUUGGGACUAAUUCACUGUGUGCGUUCGCUUUGAACUUGGCUGUGUUUCUUUUGGUUGGAAAGACUUCAGCUUUGACUAUGAAUGUUGCUGGGGUUGUUAAAGAUUGGCUGCUCAUUGCAUUUUCUUGGUCGGUGAUUAAGGACACUGUGACUCCAGUGAAUUUGAUUGGGUAUGGAUUGGCAUUCUUAGGAGUUGCAUACUAUAAUCAUCAGAAGUUACAGGCAUUGAAGGCAAAAGAAGCACAGAAGAAAACUCAGCAAGCAGAUGAGGAAGCAGGGAGAUUGUUGACUGAGAGAGAAUCUAAUGGAUCAGCUGAUGGAAAGAAGGGUGAUUCACAGGCCUAAGUUGAAUCUAAUUGACAAAAGGGUAUCAAAAUAAACCUUAUGAAAUUGGCUGGAAAGUAUAAGAUUUGGGGUUUUUCCUCAAGUUGACUUGUGCUUUUGGUAUGGAUUUGGGGUUUUAGGUAUGUAGGUUGGAUGAUCUGUUACUGUUCUUUGAUAGAUCAGUUUCAUUUCAUAUGUAGGCUUAUUUGAGAUAUCCACAUUUCUUUGUUUACAGUGCAGAUUCAAUUCUUGUAUCUUAUUAGUAGAGUUAAGAUCUGAGAUACCCUUAUAACUGUUUUGAUAUUAAGAGUACUAUUUUUACCUUUUC